AUGGAGGAGCAGCAGCGGAGGACCCGGAGACUCGGCAGCCUCCCCAGCAGGUCCCGGGUCGGCAGGGAGUCCAAGCUGCGGCUGCGGGUCGUUUUCCUGGACGACAGCGAGAGGACCUUCGAGGUGGAGCAAAAGGUUUUAGGAGGCGACUUCUUCAACAAAGUGUGUGGUCAUCUGAAGCUGCUGGAGAAGGAAUACUUCGGCCUGGAGUUCAGGCACCACGGAGGGAACUACGUGUGGUUGGAGCUGCUGAAGCCGCUCGCCAAACAGAUUAAAUACACAAACGAUCUGUUCUUCAGGUUUAUAGUAAAGUUCUUUCCUCCAGAUCCUGGACAGCUGAAGAGAGGCCUCACCAGGUAUCUUUUUGCCUUACAGAUAAAGCAGGACUUGUCCAACGGCAGUCUGACCUGUAACGACAACAGCGCCGCCCUGCUGGUCUCACACAUACUGCAGUCAGAGCUAGGGGACUAUGACGAGGAGCUGGACAGUCACCAUCUAGAGAUGAAGCAGUACGUCCCCAACCAGGAAUAUCUGGACCACAAGAUCAUCAAGUUUCACAAGAAGCACAGAGGCGUGUCUCCAGGAAACUCGGACAUCCACCUGCUGGAGGUGGCGAGGAAGCUGGACAUGUACGGCAUCAGGCCUCACGCCGCUCACGACGGCGAGGGCAUGAGGAUCAACCUGGCCGUCACACACUCAGGGGUGCUGGUCUUUCAGGGAAACACCAAAAUCAACACGUUCAGCUGGGCGAAGAUCCGCAAGCUGAGCUUCAAACGCAAACAUUUCCUCAUCAAACUACAUGACAAAGUUGGGCCGUCGUGUAAGGACACGCUGGAGUUCUCGAUGGCCAGCAGAGACGUCUGUAAGUCCUUCUGGAAGACGUGUGUGGAGUACCACGCCUUCUUCAGGCUGGCCGAGGAACCGCAGACGGUCCACAAAACGCUGCUGUCCUGCAAAGGCUCCAGCUUCAGAUACAGUGGGCGGACCCAGAAGCAGCUGUUGGAGUGUAUGGGCUCAGGAGAGAAGAAGCCGUCACACUUUGAGAGGACUUACUGCCAGUCGGACUACGACCCCCGACAGUGCCGCUCCUCCCCUGAUCUCCUCACGGACGUCUCCAAACAGGUGUUCGAGCACUCCCACCCGUUCACCCGGGCGGUCUGCAGCCAGGAAGAGUUGGACCCCCAUCACAGAGGCCUACGCAAUGUAGAAAUGGGUGGAGGCGGGGCUAAACGCAGCCAAUCAUCUGUCGAGGUCGCCCAGAGGACGCACUCUUACGUCCAGGUCACCCCCCUCUCUCCACAUCACCAGUCGGCCAAGCUGAGGUCGGCCUCCACGUCUGUGAUGGAGGACACAAGGGGGGGGCGGGGUGGAGCCCAGCGCCAGGCUCAAAGGCUAGCCGGCGUCUACGGCAACCGGUCGCGGCGUCGGCCAAACCCCCAGCCGCACCCGGACGCCGCUCAGCAGCUGGUUCUUCUCUACCCAAACAGUCCAGCCUACCAGUAUCACCCCAUCCUCCCAACGUUCCCCUUAGCUGGUUCCUCGCCUCUCAACCGGCACCCUUACCUGACCGACUACGUCGCCGUUUCGUCGCUGGAGCGUUUCCCACAAGCAAGGUCGCGGGAUUAUGUGCGGAUGGAUGGUCUGUCGCGGCCUCCUUUCUACCCGCUGGGCCACGAUUCACCGUCCCUCUCGCCAAUCAGGAGGAACCUCCGCCCCUCUGGAUCGGGCGGGCUGGGAUUGGCUCGGGUCUACCAGCCGGGAAGUAACGGAGCGAGGCUGUUGGGGGUCGGACAUACGGAGGCGGGGCAUUACAGUGACGACUCCAACUUCCUGCCGGGGCUGCCUCGCCGAGUGGCGAGCCAACCAGAUGUCAAGUUUCACCUCUCGAGGAGUUCUAACCCUGGAUUCAACCCCGCCUCCGAGUUCCGUCCUCUGGGUUACUACCCGCACCUGACACGCCCCUCCAGACCCACCUACCUCCCGCUGAACUCCUCCCCCGUGCCCGAUCGACCCACCUCACUAUGCAUGAUCGGCGGCACCACAGGAAGCUACAGCGACUCAGACCCGGAGGUCUUCUACCCGUACUACUGCCCACCACCCCAACUGGGGAAGGUGGUACGUUCCGGUGGACUCGCCAGGAUGAGGUUCUCCUCUGGGAGCCUCCAGCUGGACGAGGAGGAAGAGGAAGAGGAGGAAGAUGGAGCAGCGAAGGGGAGAGCAAAAAAGGAGUUGAAGGGUGAUGAAGAGAAGAAAGAAAAGACAGGAGGAGGAGACGAGACUGCAGGGACUCCGGAAAUUACAGAAGUCACAUUGUAGAUGAAGAAGAAAACAAAGGUUCAUGAGGUGAUCACACUCAAAACUCAGACUGUUGAUAAAACAGGACAACUGGAAUAAAUGUGACGGCUUUGU